AUGGUCUUGCAAUUGGUUGGUGGCCUUACAAAGGCAUAUGGUGGUGUUGGUACGUUGAUCAGGCAGAGCAACCCACUUCCCCCCUUUUAUAAAGCACGGUCUAUGCUAAUUCUUGAGGAGACAAGCAUGGCCAAGGAAGCUUCUACGGAAUCGGCCAUGGUGGCGUCAUUCUCGGAUUCCCCACAAAAUUCUGAAAAUACGGGGAAUUCUAAAGGCAAACAAUCGGGUCGGAAAAAUUCUGGUGGUCGGCGCAAUAACGGCGGCGGUGCUGGUGGAAGCCGCGGUUUCGGUGGGGGAGGCAAUUCCGACAAGGGACAGCAGCAACAGCAGUCGUACGGCUCCAGUGGCCGUGGCCUAACCACAACAACAGCAGUUCUAUGCUCCCCCGUAUUGGCAGCAGCCAUACGGUCCAUGGGGGUGGAAUAA